CGUUCUCGUCGAACAAAGUGUGUAAGUUGUGGACGUUUCACUCCGCUCAGUGAGCAACGGAGAGCGUACGCAGAAAUGGAUGGAGAGUCCAAGAAGCAUCGGUAAUGAUGUCUUGAUAAAACUGGGAACAACGAAGAUCGACCCCCAGUUUCCGUGUUCUGUGGAUUUGUGAGAGUGUCCUCCGCAACCAAUCACAGAAUAUUGUAAAGGACCAUGUAUAUCUUACAAGAAGCGUGAAUAAAACCAAGCCAUGUGGCUUUUCUGAAUCCGCCACCGUAUGCGGAGAGCUAUGGACACCUGGACACACCCGGACUGGAUGGAACUUUACCUCAUGUGUAACGCUUCUGAUAAAGGGCGUGCCUGCUCCAACUAUGCUCUCCCGUGGGUAAUGUAGAUUUUUAGGAACUUCUCUGGACAUACCAUCUCAUUUGUUUCGUUUCAAGGGGCACUUAUGCCGUCGUCUUCCAGCCGCUGAACCAAAUGGCGUCGGACAGUCGUGACGUUCUAACUCUGAAAGUCAUGAGGCUGUCGCAGCCUUCCAUCUACGCCGAGCCAUGGCCACUGCUCAGGAUUGAUGAGGUGACAUCUGAAGAUCAAUCGGUAAAGAAGAAACUGGAACGAGAGAGGGUGUGCGUUGAGCGAGCCCUCGAAAGCACGCACGCGCUGCUGUUGCCUGCAUCGCAGGGGAGAAUUUUUAGCGGCGAGACCUUCAGCGCAUACAUCAACAUUUCCAACUCGUCGAACGCCCAGGCUGUGAACGUGAUCAUCCAGGUAGAACUCUCGAUAGGGCAGAAACGUGACCUACUCUUCGACAAUUCACAAGAUCCCAUUCGAAGCCUGACCCCGGGAAACUCUUUUGACUGCACUAUCGUGCAUGAGCUUACAGAGUCCGGGACGUACACGCUUGUUUGCGCAGUUUCACAUUACCUGUCGGCGGUGGGAGAGCAAAAGUCUUUUAAAAAGUCCUUCAAGUUUGCGGCCCACCCUCCGUUCGGCGUUGGGCACAGAGUUGUCCUCCUUCAGGGUCGUGCUUUCGUCGAGUGCUCCGUGGAAAACGUAUCUCAGGAGGCCGUCUACUUAAGUGACGCGUCGAUCUUCUGUGUUGAAGACAUCGAAGGUGUUCGGCUGGAUAGUGGACCUCCGUCUGACGGCAGGAACCACAACGGGCUACACUACUUCAAGCCUCAUGACCGGUACAACUUGGUCUUCUCGCUGACGCCUACAGCUACAAAGCUGGGUGAGGAUCCCAGUUUUAUCCGGCGGCUUCCCGUUUUAGGGCAGCUGGCGUUGGAGUGGCGCACGUCAACAGGAGGAGCCGGAUGCAUGCACGAAUACACUCUUACAAACUCGUUGGCGGAGAGUUCCAAACCACUGAGUCUUCGUGUUGUCUCUUGUCCGGCUUCUGUUCAAGUUGAGAGGCCUUUCCAAGUGGAGAUCGAGGUUUCUGCACACGUCGAACAAGUUUUCUGCCCAGUCCUCAUUUUGAGACCGUCCGACCUCGAACCGUUUGUCAUUCAAGGGUCUACCACCAGGCCGCUGGGUAUCAUCGACAUGUUCACUCCGCGACGGUACAUACUGGAAGCGGUGUGUUUGAGCCCGGGUUUUCACUCAGUGAAAGGCAUCAUGGUAUACGAUCCUGACACACAGCAGACUGCGGAUGCAGCGGACACGCUCUGCCAGGUUCUCGCGUUUUAA